AGAGACUCGAAAGAGGAACUCGCGCGACUAAUUAUUAGCGGAAAGAACGGAAAUACGUCGCGAGAGAGAUGAUCGAACGUGUACGCGAACGUUAUGUAAAGUAUCCUUUCCAAUUCCUAAAAGAUGCAUAUCAAUCUCGCUUGAAAAAUGUUCGUUUCCUGGCGAAAAGAUCGAUUGCUUAAGAGACAAACCAUACGUAUAACGAAAAAAUAUAAGAAUACAAAAAGUCGAGCAAGACACGCUGACGAUCAAAUGCCGAUAUUUCUGAUCGCUAAGCAUCCUAAACAGUAUUCGUCUGUCCUUGAACCUGUAAGAAUGGCUUUUGCCCGUACUGAGAGUAUAUAAGACUGACGACGUCCUAUCACAAAGCGCAGUGUUAGAUUACCACCUCGACGUCAAGAACGAGCCUCGCGUUAUUGACAAACUCGACGGUGUUUCUACAUUCAGUGGUCAAUUGAAUCAACAAUUGUCAUCGUUUCGAAACGAUAUCAUCGCCGAAAUUUUAACAAAACCGGUUUCGAACGUAUAAGAUUCACGUUGAAUAUUACAUUAUGGAAACUGCGCUAUCUACGGACUUGGUCAAUUCUGCUCGUAGCGAUGUCGGCAAGAGUCAAACCACUUUCGCGAAAGAUGUGCCGAAAAUGGUCAAGUAUACGCUGGCUGAUUCAGCGAACAGCGAAAGAACUGACAUGGACUAUCAGAUUCAAUCGGUCACUAAAGAUGAUAAGCUCAGGGUACUUAACUUUCUCAAGCGGUACUUCUUCAGAGACGAGCCGCUCAAUCAAUCGAUCCAAUUGCUAGCAGGUAGAGAAGACUUCACUUGCACGGAAUUGGAGGAGUAUAGUCUAACUUCCCUUGAGAACGAUCUCAAUCUGAUAGCAGUCGUACCGAACGGUACUUUAGUUGGUGUAGUAUUAAAUGGAAAGAUGGAUCCUCCAUGCGACGAAGAACCACACUACAUAUCUAGGUGUCGAAACCCAAAAUUCAAAAAAAUUCUUCAGUUACUGCAUCACGUGGAUCAGAAAGUAAAUUGCGAAGAAAAUUUCCACGGGUUGGAUGUCUUGGAAAUUAAAAUAAUUUCCGUAGAUUGUGAGUGGCGAGGCAGAGGCGUUGCCAAAGCGCUGCUAGAAAGAACACUUGAAAUUGGGAAAGAGAGAGGCUUUCAAAUGGCACGUGCCGACUGCUCGUCCUCUUUUUCUGGGAAACUAUGUGCACGAAUGGGCUUUGAACGAGUCUACGAACUCAACUAUGCGGAUUAUCUAGACGAAGAUGGUAAUCCUAUCUUUUCCCCUGAAUCGCCACAUACAAAAAUUGUUUCGUACAUUAAGAGAUUGUGAAAAGCGUCAUAAUACGUAUUUGAAAUCAGGUACCCGUUUAAAAUCGAGUAUAACUCAGAAACGCAUUCCUAUAUCUACGUUAUAUUUUUCUUAUUAUCAAAUAUCCGUACACGUGAUACAUUUCUUUUCUGAAUGUUUCUUUUCUUUUGUAAACAUUUUUUUUUUCUAUGAAUUAAUCUGAUAUCUCUAUAAUUAUUUCAUCGCAAUGCCAUAAAAACGAAUUGUGCCAAAAUAUCAACAAUAAUAAAGUUUAA